AUGGCGAGAGGCUGCUUCAAGCACAGAGCUGCCGCCACGUACCAUUCCUCCCUGACACCCCUGGCCCCGCCCCUUCAUGGGAGACCCCAGACGGCCACUCUCGGACAUUUCGUACGGCGCCACGUGGUCCUCCGCGGCGAUACACUGACUGGCCUGGCCGUACGACACGGCUGUGAGGUGACCGCCAUCAUGCGGCUGAACAACCUUAUAUCCCAUCACAGCCUUCACUCCAGGGAAGCAGUCUUCAUACCAGUCUCCACCCGCUCCGAGGUAGCUGGGUCGCCAGUGGUGUUGCACUACUGCAGGAUAGCUUGCCGGGAGCUACUUGUACUGCUGAGCGACGUGGAGGCGCAGGACGCGCGGGCCGCGCUGCAGGGCUCCGAAACCUGCGGCGGCGGUGGUAGCGGCGAGGGUGGAGGCGGCUGGCUGCGGAAGGGCCAGGAGGAGGCGUUCCAGGGGAAGCUGGUGGCGCUGUUGGGCCGCAGUCGGCAAGUGGACCCCGCCACAGCGCGGUUCUAUUUGGCGGAGGGGGGUUGGUGUCUCAAGAAAGCUCUGGCUCUGUACGGUAAGGCCGGUGCGGAGAACUGUGGCGGCGACCCUGCUGAGAGGGCUCGCCCUGCUGACAUGGCUGCUGCUACGCUGCGGAUUUUCGUAGAAGUGUUUGAGCCGCUUGAGGUCGCCGAAGCGGCGCGCCUCCGUGGUCGGGACUUGACGCGGUCUGGCAAACUUGCAGUCCUCGAUGCACAACUUGCACAAUGCCUGGAAGACCUCGCGGAUGCCUUCGUCAGCAAAGUGGGCAUCAACGGCUCUCUUUAUGCGCUCAGCUCAUCUGGCACCUUGGUUCCGAAGGCACCGGAUCAACCCGCUGAGCCCGUCGUAGACGCGUUUAACCAGACGAUGCUUGACAUGCGCACCGCGCUCGGCGAAGACUACCUCCUGGCCUUGCAUAUCCAUAAGGCCGAGGCCCACGGCACGUCUGCCUUCCGUGUGAGGCUGCUGAAACCCGAGCCGGCGCUUCAGACGGGCGCUGAGGGAGGGACGGCAAGCUCUGCCGCCGCCGCCACCAUGGCCGCGACGACGGCGACGGCGGCGACGCCAGGGGGUGCCGCCGGUCUACCUCGCGGGUUCUUGCCCGUCACCGUUCUGGACCAGUCGACCUGCCUGAACGCCGGCAGGCUGACGGGUGCGCGACAUGCAUUCCACGACGCCAACGGCCGGCUGGCGGCGGCUUUGAAGCUGACCGGAUUGAACGGCUGCCCACACGCCGUAGUGACCACCUCGCCACGCACGGUGGCGCUUGCGGGCACCGCCGCCGCCGCAGCAGCAGCCGCCGCCACCAAGCAUCUUGCCGCAGCGAGCGCUACCUUAAAUCCCAACAGCAGCCCAUCCGCAGCAGGCAGCAGCACCGCCGCCGCCUUGGGCGCUGGCGCAGCUCUCCGCCAACACAAGCAACGCACCUCGCACCGCACUGCCGCCAAGCCGCCGUACGAACCCCAGGCAGCCGCAGACGCAGCCAUACGAUCGCUGCCCCCUCCCUGCCGCCUCCUGCUGGGUCGGGCGGUGGAGGCCGUUAACGGAGCCGUACAUUCUUUGGCGCACGCCGCCGCCGCCGCCCCUGGACCUGCCAGCUUCGCCGCGUUGCUGACCCACGUGUUGGGGGAGCUGCGGGACAUUGUGGGGGCCGCCGGAGGCGACGACGCGCUGGAGCGCUACCGCCCCGAGGUCUUCUUCCGCGGGGGCCCCGACCAGUCGCCCACCCUGGAGUUUAGAUUGGACCCCCAGCUGGAUGCUCCGGGGCUACUGGGGGCGGAGCAGCAGCAGCGGGUGGGGUUAGGGGUGGCGGCAGCAGCAGCGGGAGGAGUAGGAGAAGGAGGCCAUGCGGCCCGGCACUUCCCCGACUGUCUGAGUCCCCAGGUCCGCCGCGCCUGGCUGCUGCUCCAGGAGCUCAUCCGCGUGCACAACCAGGCGGUGGAGCAGCUGGGGUCCCUCCGGCAGCUGGCCACCGCGUUCGAGGAGGGCAUGCGCCGCCGCACCGCCACCUUGUCUCACGACGCCCAGGUUGCCGGUAUGAGCUCCUCUCAGGCCGCUGAGGCGGGACAGACGUUGCUCCGGAACCACGUGGAGCUACGGGCCUGUUGGCAGGGGGCCCUUCACGUGCUCACCUCCACUGCUCUACUGGUGCGGGACGAGAUGGCAGAGGCGGCUCAGCUGGCCAGAGUGCAAUGCAGGUUCAUGAGUCCAACCGCAUGGUCCAUCAGCGUGGCGUCCUCAUCGGCCGCUGCGACGACGUCUCGCAGCGGCGGCGGCACCGGCUCAUCAUCUGCCAGCGGCGGCGGCGGCAGCCGCUACACCGUCAACAGCGGCAUCAGCUCGGCAGCCGCCUCCCUGAACGCCACACCGGCGGCGAGCUGCCAGGCUGCCGGCGGAGGCGGGGGUGAAGGUAGCGGCAGCAGUUCCCAGCCCCGGUCGCUGAGCCGCUUCAGCGGCGGCGACGGUGGUGGCGGCAGUACGCGCGUUCGCAUCCUUGCCGGCAGCAGCGUAACGAAGAGCCUGGCCGACAGCUUCGCGGCUGCGGCUGUGGUGGCGGCGGGCUCGCCGCCUGACAUCACCUCCCUGUGCGACCAACAGCAGGAUCCGCAGCAGCAGCAGAUGUUGCUAUCGCAAGAGGUGCAACGGAGGCAACUAUGGCGAUCAUCUCCGGAGGUAUCGUCGACACAGUUGCCAUCACCGCCACGGCGCAGUGCGCGCUCCGCGGCUGAUGCAGCCGCCCCCGCCGCCGCCGCUACUGCCACCGCCGCCGCCGGCUCCGGCGUCAACCUCCGCCGUUCUGUUACGGCUUCCUCAUCCCGUACCUGUGGGGGUUCAGGAUGGAUGCCGCUGGACGCCUUUUCGGACAGGGGUGACGGAGGCAGUGGCGGGCCUGAGCCUCCCAUCGGCGGACCCACGGGUCAGGAUCAGUCGCCAAUGAGACCGUCGGCCGCCGCGGUGGCGGCGGGCCGCGCUGGGCGGGUGGGCACUGAGAGCCUCGCUGAGGAGUACGCUCGGGCGGCGCUGGCGCACCUUCGACUGCAGGACAUGUGA